GCCCAUCAAUCUCUCCCUGACGGCCUUCCUUGAUGCUCGUGUCACACGCUGCUCUCAGGGAUGAAGGUUUUGGGAGAGCGGCUGAAUUCAGUACUGUGAGAGGGGAUGUUCGGACGGGCGUCUCUUCGACCUUGUAAUUUUAUAUAUAUAUAUUUUUUUCUUUUUCUCUUUUUUUUUAAUCCGCUUCGGCAGUAAGGGUGGGACACAUCCGUUUGUGUUUUUGUAGUUCACACAUUGUGGGCCAGCUGCUGCCGCUGCUUCUGGGGGCUUUUAUUUAUUUAUUAAUUUAUUUUCCUGGAAAUGUGCGCAGAUGAGUCUUUGAAGGAGACUCUGUUAGCGAGGGAGUGGUUCGUUUCGGCCGAGAGACACCUAUCAGCUGGAAGAAGAGAAGGGGCUCCUUGAAAAGGAGGCACAUUAGCCCAUUCGACUCCUCUUCUUUGUGUUUGUUUUGUUUUUCUCGUCUCGUCUGGUCUGACUCGAAGGUAGAAGAGGAAGAAAGAGUGGGCUGGUGGUGGGAAGACGUGCUGAUACACAUUCAGCCUGUGGACAGAAUAAUGGAAACACUGGACGGGACUUUUUAUCGCCCGUCAACAGACAGAAUGAGCUGUUGUUCCAGCCAGAUUACCGCAAACACGAGCGCCGUGUAGACACAGACUUCAGCGCUGGACACCGUCUCCUCUUCCUCUCGUCAGCACAGGGCGGUGACACAACACAACACUGUAACUGGAAAUGCGGAUUGUUUGAGUUUAUCACCCUUUUACGGCUUCUAGCAGGAGAAAAUCACCCAGGCUAGCCUGUAGUCUGUCUGUCUGUCUGUCUGUCUGAGUGAGGGAGUGAGGGCAGUGGCUGCCUCGAGCCAGAGCUGAACAGGGGGUGUGAGACUGUGAGAUGCAGGGGGGCAAAUGACGGUAGAUUUGCCUCCUCACUGGUACAUUUUGUACAUAUAUAAAUAGAAGGAAUACUUGGGAGUCGUCGUUGGGAGUGAAGAGCUCAGGGACAAUGUCUUCUCGUGCAGCACUACAGCCUGGGAACGACAGAAAUUCAGACCAUCAUGCCUCGCUCUCUGCCAGUCGCUCAGAGAAGGGCUCAGCCUGGUCAAACCGCUCUCUGGGAGCUCGCUGCCGGAAUUCCAUCGCCUCCUGCUCAGAUGAGCAUCCCCACAUCGGCAACUACCGGCUGCUCAAGACCAUUGGCAAGGGCAACUUCGCCAAGGUCAAGCUGGCGCGCCACAUCCUGACUGGCAGAGAGGUUGCAAUAAAGAUUAUUGAUAAAACCCAACUGAACCCAACCAGCCUACAAAAGCUCUUUCGAGAGGUACGGAUAAUGAAGGGCCUCAACCACCCAAACAUAGUUCAGCUUUUUGAAGUGAUUGAAACAGAGAAGACGUUGUACCUUAUAAUGGAGUACGCCAGUGGCGGUGAAGUGUUCGACUACCUCGUGGCCCAUGGGAGAAUGAAGGAAAAGGAGGCGCGAGCUAAAUUUCGGCAGAUUGUAUCUGCUGUUCACUACUGUCAUCAGAAGAACAUUGUUCACAGGGACCUGAAAGCGGAGAACCUCCUGCUUGAUUCAGAGUCCAACAUCAAGAUCGCAGACUUUGGCUUUAGUAACGAGUUCACGCUGGGCAAUAAGUUGGACACAUUCUGUGGCAGCCCCCCGUAUGCCGCCCCUGAACUCUUUCAAGGAAAGAAAUACGACGGCCCUGAGGUGGACAUCUGGAGCCUGGGGGUCAUUCUGUACACGCUGGUCAGCGGAUCAUUGCCCUUUGAUGGGCAGAACCUCAAGGAGUUGCGUGAGCGGGUGCUGAGAGGAAAGUAUCGAGUGCCAUUCUACAUGUCCACUGACUGCGAGAGCAUCCUGCGAAGGUUCUUGGUGCUCAACCCUACCAAACGUUGCUCCCUAGAGCAAAUCAUGAAGGAUAAGUGGAUGAAUGUUGGAUAUGAGGGUGAUGAGCUGAAGCCGCAUGUAGAGCCUUUGGAGGACUACAAUGAUCCAGAGCGGAUAGAGGUAAUGAUAGGUAUGGGUUACUCUCGUGAGGAGAUCAGGGAAGCUCUGACCACUCAGAAGUAUAAUGAGAUUACUGCCACCUACCUGCUGCUGGGCCGCAAGAGUGAGGAUGGCAUUGAGUCGAGGUCGAGCAGUAGUCUGUCUCUGGUGCGAGUGCGGCCAAGUCCCAUAACCAACGGUACCAGUAAACACUCUUCCACCUCCUCGUCUGGCUCUGCCUCGGCCUCCACCCACAGCAAAACCCAGCGCAGUGCCUCCACCUACCACCGUCAGAGGAGACACAGCGACUUCUGUGGUCCUGCAGUGCCGACAGCCCACCCUAAACGCAGUCCCACAAGUGCAGGGGACUCCGAUCUGAAAGAGGAGCGGCUGGCUACAAGGAAGGCCAGCUGCAGCGUGGUGGGCAGCCGUAGUAUACCCCCCUCCAGCCCCAUGGUCAGCACGGCCAACAACCCCAACAAAGCAGAGAUCCCUGACCGCCGCAAAGACGUCACUGUCACCACGAACAACAUCCCAGCAAGUGCCAUGACCCGCAGAAACACAUAUGUAUGUACAGACCGCUCCAGCACUGAUCGACACUCUUUACUGCAGAACGGCAAAGAGAACAGCUCACUCUCUCACCGUUUACCUCCGGCCUCCCCCUCCACCCACAGUAUCGCCGGGGCGGGGGUUGCCACUUCCUCCUCGGCGGAGCGUUCCCGCCUGACCCGAGGCUCCACCGUCCGCAGCACCUUCCACGGGGGUCAGCUCCGAGAGCGCCGGACCCCUACCCAUGCUCCGCCCACCUCCCCCACUCUUUCCCACGAUGCUAGCCCCCUGCCCCAUGUACGCAGCCGUGCCAGCUCCAACCUCUUCAGCAAACUCACCUCCAAGCUUACCCGCAGGGUCAAUCUUGACCCCUCUAAGCGUCAGAGCUCAAACAAGUCCGUCUCGGGCUGCCCUCUGCCACAUGGAUCGAAAACAGUUAACGAACCUGAGAGAGUCUGCAGAUCUCCGGUCACAAGUCGCCAUCUAUCUGGGCAUCAAAAAGCGGCAGAGCCCCGGACCCCCCGAUGCGGCUGGGAUGUGAGGGUGCGGAGCCCGCGGGACCCUGCGGAGGUGGUGUCGGCGCUGCGGGAGGCGGCGCAGGGCUGCGGUUGUCAGGUGCACCAGGCCGGACCCUUCCUGCUGUCCUGCACGCACGGCGCCGCCGGCUCAAGAGUGGCCUUCGAGGCUGAGGUGUGUCAGCUGCCCGCCGGCCCCAACGAGACCAGCGGCGUCCGCUUCAGACGCCUGUGGGGGGCGCCGCUUGCCUUCCGGGACAUCGCCACCAAAGUGUCCAAAGAGCUGGAACUCUAAGGGCCACAGAGGGGGUGGAAGGGAGGGGACGGGCGAGAGCAUGGGACGGAAUGAGCGGUGGGAGGCAGAGAAACCAGGGGUGUAAAUCUGUGACCUUGUGGGCUGGGUAAUGAUUCUUUAGGAAACCAUUCUCAAUUUAAUUUAAUUCAGUUAUUUCGGUACGAUUCAGAAUUCUGUUUAAACAUUAAAUUUAAAAGCUUAAUGUGAAUGGAGAAACUAUUUACACAGCAGUGAAGAAAAAACAUUCAUCGGAUGCUUAUAGUACUAUAAAAUAUAUAGGAAUACUAAUAUAUAAUGGCCGGUUAAUGUAUUAGUAUUCCUAAUUUUUAUUGUGUAUUCAUUGUAUUAUAAUUAAUAAUUGUCACAAUUAAUAUUACAAUAUAUGGAAAUAUUGUUAUAAUUAAUUGUAAUGAAUUAUAUCAUUCUAAAAUCGGUGCAGUUGAAUCGCCCCCUUCAGAUGCAUUUUUACACCCUUAGGAGGAACCUCCCACUCCACAAAGCCGAAGCCCACCCCCACCUCCUCGCAGCUCAAACAGACUCUGAUAUGGACUCUGAAAUACACCCAAAUGCGGAGAGCCUUGUGCCUGCCACACACACACGUCCUGCUGAGAGAACACCCUUCUUUCCCCGCUGACUUUUACUGGGUGUUUUAGCCAAGUUGUUUUCUAUUCCAGUUUUUUCCAGAAAUACCACAGUGUCUCUGCCUUUCACAUUAUUUCCUUUGAACAGCUGCUAUUUAGUUUAUUUUUCAUUUACUUGCAUCUAGCAAGAGGGUCAGUUGCAAAAUUCCAUUUUUUCCUUUUCAUAUGAAACUCACAUCUUCGGUUCUAAAACAGAUGUCCUGAAGAACUGCGGACUGUGGGUUCUCUUACAUCUUUUGUAUUAACGUUUUUCCACGUGAAAAGCUGCCUAAUUACAGGUGUUAGAGCUGUCUAACGGGAAUAAAAGCUGUCUAGAGCUGUUUCAGAGAUUAGCGACGGCUGCUUUUCUGAGCCACUAACAUUGUAGCCUUUUGUGGAUUUUUUUUUUCUUUCCUGCGUUUCAGCAGUUUUUUUCUGUUAUACAUGCUCCAUUAUCAUACAGUAGCACUUUAGGUUUGAGUGAGCACCACUUCUUUUGAGCUGUAAUUUCCCCUUAAAUGGUACAGCGCACUCGUCGAGCCAAGUCAAAAAUACAACACUCCUGUAAGUAUUUAGCUGGUAAAAAGCCUGUCACAUGGCCAAAAGAGGACCCUGCUCAAUGGACAUAAGACUGCUGUUUACCACUGAUUUGAUAUAGCAAAUGACCUUAAAGAAGAAAACAUCUCUCUAGCAGAGCUCCCUGCACUGUGCGAAAUUAAUUAGUACAGCGUUUGUAUGAAACCCUGGAAUGUGCAAGUCUAGUCAUAGCCUUGAUGUCAUCUAGCAGUUGUUGAAGUACUAUUUUUGGUAAUGUGACAAGAAGUGUUGGGGUGCUAACAUUUGUCUGCCAAAUUAUCCUGUGAUAUGUUCUCAGUACUGUUUAUUGUAAAUGACUUUGUUUGUACUUUUAGCCCGAAAGGCCCCUUUAAAAAGAGUCAUAAUUACUGUUUGUAAUGGAUCACUUUAGUAAUGCUAGGGUGUUGUAGAGAUGGACAAACCACAGGUAUCCUUCAUUAAGGAUAACUAUAGCUAUACUGUUCCUAUCAGCACCGUUCUGGGUUUGCUAAGGCACAAGGGCUAUCUGUAGAGAUGUGUGGGCCAAGAUUUGAUUGAGCGAUUUGCAAAAUAUUGAAAAUGUAAUUGUUUUUGUUAUGAGCCACGACCGUGUCACCUGGAAGAGAUCCAAAAUUCUUCUGAAUUGUACAUAAACGAGCUAUUACUGUGUCAAAUUCCGCAUCCCAGUUUUUGUUGUUUGAAAAAAAGACACUAAAGCCAAUUCUGUCUUUCUGAUAUAAACGUGACUGUAAAAUCUAGAUUUGCUUCGCUUGCUGUUCACUGGUGAUCUAUAAUAGUGAUAUUGAAUUGAAUUGAAUUGAAUUGAAAUGCAUAUAGUCAAUUGACCUGAACCAUUGCAGCUGUAUGUGCCAUGCUCAGAGGUCUGUGAGAAAAUCACUUAAUGCAAGGUGCAGGAUCUGUAAACUGGGUACAUUGCAGAAUAUACCAAGUUUCAUACUAUUCACCCUGUCUACUACUUUAGUGACUUGGCACAUUGCUGACUUCAUAUGGCAGUGUGAACUAUUCACAGUCGUAUAAACAUUGCGUCACCAAUGGCUUCUGCAACUAGGUCAGCAUAUUCAUGUUAUUUUUGAAACUGUGCGACCCAAAAUAACUAAUAGAUGUUCUGAUUAAAACCUUGCUGUAGUUCCUGAUUGUGAGGAAAUACCAGCAGAGUUUGAUUACUGGUUCAAAGGAAUUUUCCAGGGCAAAUAUAGUCAAGUUAAAAGCCUACUAUUUGAACAAGGUUUGGAAUUAUAUGCGUGACUUUUAACAAUCACAGUCAGGAUUUGAAAAAAAGUCAUUCUGAUAAAGCAGAAAGUGUGUUUGUGGAGAGAGUCAGUGGGUGAAUGGCGUCAUUCAUAGGGCAAAAGGCAAGUUAUGCAUUUUUGAGAAAAAAAAGUUUUGGAUUGUUGUUGGUAUGUAAAUGUUAGGUAGUCUUUGAAACAGUCAAAAAAAGAUGUUAGUGUUUUGGAAAAAAUUUAAUUCUUUGCUGGCAAAUGGCAUGUAUUGACACCAGAUUAAGAAGUUGCCUUAGUCAUCCUGACCAAGAAAGAGGCAUUUUUUUUCUGGUCCACAGUUUACCCUUUAACAACAAGCGACAUUUCAAGCCCACUAUUUUGCUUAAUGUUUAUGCAGGUUCUCAGUGUCUACGGUUUGGACUAGCAAUCAUGUUCUCCCGAGAUAAAUCACCAUAUACCGUCUCUUCUGCUCCUGCAAAGCUAACUGACUACUUCAAAAUGUAUAAUUGUGUAGAAAAAAAAAGUUAAAUUAUGACUGAAUUUAGUUUUGUUCUUUUGAAAGUUCUAGAUUUUUUUUUGCCUUUAAAUGUACGGAAAGGGGGACGUCUGAAGUGACAGAAGAAUAAACUCACUGAGUUUAAAACUUAUUUGCACUCUUUGUGUUUUCCGCUAAAAGUGGAACCUUUUAGUGAAUUCGUUUAUGUGCUGAUUGUAAAACACUGUAAAACAGUGGUCACCAACGCUGGUUCUGGAGAUCUACCUUCUGUGGACUGUAGUUCGAACCACAAUCUGCCACACCUGUUCCAGUUUAGUAACUUCUUUGGCUGGAUCAGGUCCUUUACUGUAGGUAUGAGGAGCAGGUUAGAUGCAGGUUGGAACUAAAAUUUGCAGAAAAGUAGAUCUCCAAUAUGUAAGUUGGUGACCGCUGCUGUAAACAAAGUUACAUCCAUCUAUCCAGUUGGCAUGAGCUAAAAGCAUGAAGCAGAACACAUGAAGUUGAUUGUUACAUGGGGCUUUUUAUUUACUCAAUUUGUACAACCAAAAAAUGUUUAGGUGAAGACAGCAUAGUCAGAGUUCCCAAGCUAUGCGGCGAUUUGAUCCCAAGAUGUUACAGAAAGAACGGGAAAGAUGGUAAGGGUGACAGUAAAAAGGAGGGCAAAAGAAAAAAGUUGAAGGCAACA